AUGAAGAAUUCUACGAAAAAUGGUGUAAGGCAGUACCACAAAUCGGAACAUCCACGCCUGCGUUGGACACCUGAACUCCAUGAAUACUUUGUUGAAGCUGUGGAAAAUCUAGGUGGAAAACACAAGGCAACUCCAAAGCGCAUUUUGCAGAUGAUGGAAGUGAAAGGACUGAGGAUCUCUCACAUUAAAAGCCAUCUUCAGAUGUACAGAAAUAUAAAGGACCAUACAAUUCUCGCUCCAAUGUAUCAUUUGCUGGAAGGAAAUGCACAUGGUAACGAUCUUCCAAGCUGCUCCGUUUGUUCACCCCAAAGAUCACGUGGAACUAAAUUAAGAGCAUCAAAAUAUGAAUCGAGGAUUGUCAAUAUAGAAGAGAAUAAAGGACUUUCACAAACCAGUGAAGAUCAUGAUAUAAAUCAGGAGCCCGAGUCAAGUGCAUGCUUACUUAGUGAUAUGUCAAAUGAAGAAGAAAAUAGUAGGACGAAGAAAUUUCUAGAUCUUUCAUUCUCUUUUAGCACUCCGCUAAUGCCAAUGAUGCAUAAUCAUUUGUCUUCCCCAAACACAACAGACAAUCAUGUCGUUGAUUCUAGUUCUAUACACUCUCACGGGAGCAAUAGCAUAAACUUAGACCUAACAAUUUGA